AUGAAUUCGGAAGAUCAAAACAAGCCACAAAUUCAUUCAUGUUUAAACUGUCAUUCACUCAAUGACGAGAAUAAUAAUUUUUCCAAAUCGAAUUGUACAAAUUGUGCACAUAGAAACGAAAAAGAAAGUCAACAUCUAAUGAUCGCACCAGAUAUGAGUUCGGAUGAUGAAUCUAGCUGUUCAUCAUGUUUAUCAGUACAUGAUUCAGAAUUUAUUUCAUUAGAUACGAGAAAAUUAUGGCACACUGUUGCUCAGUUAAUUAAAUCGAUCUAUCAUAAAACCGAUCGAGAAUAUCCAAAUAAUCUUACGGCGAAUGAUUUAUCUCAAGCAAAAGAAUACGUGCAGAUAUUGACUCAAUCAGACUCGGAAUCUUUGUUUAAUAAACUGGAAGCGAUUGUUGUAGCAUAUAUCAAUGAAGUUCGUUCACAAGUGUUGAAACGUAUUCAAACAUGUUCGAAAGCUUCGAAUGAUGUGCAAUUAUUUAUUUCGUAUCUUCUUGAUAAGUAUCAAACGUUUAUUCAAGCUGUGAAACAUGUUUCCACCAUUGUCUCCUACUUCGAAGAAAACUAUCUAAAAUCGUUUCAAUUAACUUGGUUAUUGUAUAAUCAACAUCUGUUUGAGAAAUUCGUUUAUAUGGAUAAGAAGAUUCAGAAUUCCAUGUCGGAAAUGGUCGAUUUGCUUCAGCCAACAACAAAUACCAAUACGAAUCAAAAAGAAUAUUCGCCAGCUGAAUAUACUCAAUUAAUAAAUCGUUUCUUGGAAUUCGAUGAACAGAUGUCAGAAAUAGCAUGUCUUUAUAAAGAUUGUCAAACGAAAAUGAGCUUCAUGACGAGAAAUCCGAUGAAUCAAAAUCCAAAUACGAUUGGACUAGUAGUAAAGACGAAAAAGAAGAAGACUUGUAAGAAGAGACAAGGCAAUAUGAACAGUACAAUCACAAGUGCCGUAAACAUUCCAUUAGCAAAUAUCUUAUCAACAGCUGUCGCUCCAUCUCAACAAGGCUCAAAUGGUUCAUCGAUUGGAUCAGGUGUGGGUGGAAAAGAAUCAUCAUCGAUAUCGUCGUUCGAUGAUUAUCUCUUGGAUAAUAACACAUCGUCCUCGAGUUUCACAAAAGAAGAACCCGAUCAAUUGAUCGAAAACACAAACACGGAAGUUCAUAAUCAGUUAUUUCAAGGAAUGUUAAACCAACUUUCGCCGCUGACACAAAUUCAACAAGAAGUUGAUGAAUUGAAAGUGAAUGAAAGUUCGACAACAACGGAUACGAAUGCAGAAAAAUCCAAACCAAUCGAAAAGGAGAAACCAACAUCGAACGCAGCUACAACCAAAAAACUAAAGUCAAGCCGCCGGAAAGAUACUUCAAAUACAACUACGAAACUUUCUUCGCCAACUGUACCGAAAACAUCACUCACUCCGGAUAUAAUUCUUCCACCCAAGCCUCCACCGUCGACUACCUCGAAACUUCAAGCUGAUCUUCGUUCGUUAACUAUUCCUCCAUUAAACAAAACAGAGAUUUCAGCGUGUCCAUCACUUUUAUCAGCUAAAAUUCAGUCAGUAUCGUUCACUGCUGGUACGUUCGCAUCAAUAACUACAGAGCAGCCCACUACGUUGCCAUCAACGAAUCAUAAACGUUUAAAUAUCAAUCUGUCAAGUAGAACAGGUCCUUCAACAGCUAAACGGGAACAAAUCAUUCGACAAUGUGCAGUGGCAAAUGACAUCGAUGCUCUCUUAUCUUCAUUGCAAUCAUCAAGACUUAAUUCAGAUUCGCAGAGAUCAUCUCUUAACAACAAAAAGACGGACUUUUGUUAUUGUGAUCUAUUUCCUGAUUCGGACUCGUCAACACCUAAUGGUUGUGUUGCGUGUACAUGUGCACCAUCGAGUGAUACAUCCGCUGGCGGACUGAAUUCAUGUGGUGUUGACCGAAAAGGUCGAUUGCAAUUGAGAGUGAAGCAUCAGCCAGCACAGGACACAAAUGAUGAACCAAAAUUAUUCACCGGAAAUAAAUCAAAAAAAACAAGUACAGAUAGAUCGACAACGAAAAAGAAUAAGAAAAAGAAAGACAAACAAGCGAAAAGCAAUGCAUCGAAUGAAGAUGCUCAGCAAAGGAAAUCAGAUGAAGCUGUUGUGAAAGAUCCAGUCGUCGAAAACCUUCAACCGCUAUCAAAGCGAAAACAAAAAGCUAAACUAAAACUUGAACAACAACAAAAGAUGAUUGAAGAAUCUUCGACAAUUCCAUCUCCCAUUUCAACACCGUUGUCAUCAUCUCCUCCUCCAUCUUCUUCUUGUUCGCUUUCUGAAAAGAUCGAUUCUGAACCAACAACGACUAAAUCUUUACCUGAUGUUCCUCUUCCGCCUGAAGAAGAAGUCAAUUGGAUAACGAUAUCUCGUAAACAAAGUAAACACAAACCAUCACCGUCUGUACCUAUGCCAACCAAACCAAUCAAACAACAAACGAAUAAGAAAACUAAACCUACGAAUACAUCAACACUUGCUCAACCAAAAGUGAUACCAGAAAUAGUACAGAAUAGUAAUAAGCAGCAACUACCCACUGCCACUGUUGUUCCGAAACGUGUACAAAAUCCAGUGAAAAGCCACGCGCAAGAAAAAAGUGAAUCGUCAUCUGUUUGGGCAACACUCGAACAACCCCCAGCACCAUCCACAUCCACUCUUCUUGCAACGGCACCAGUUUUUGUUCCAUCGUCCACCCUUAUUAAACCGAAUCGCGUUAAUGACACCCUUUCACUCGAAGAACCCUCUUCUUCCUCGCUCUACUGGAAUCCUAACGAGUAUCACCCUCCUGGCCCUGUCCAACGACCCAUUGCCUCAUUUUUACCUGCACCUGGACCUCUUUCCACGACAGCUUCUCGUUGUAUCCAACGACCAUCUUCCGACUCACGAACAGCAACUAAUUUUCCAGAAUAUUCUCCAAUGAACUACACUGUUGGUAAUUCAACUUCAACAUGGAAUGAUCUACCUGGAACUAAUACGAAUCAAACCCCAUGGAAAUACUCGGAUAACGAAAAACAAUAUCAAACAUCCACCACGAUUCAAAAUGAUUUCCCCCUCUACGAUCCAUUCAAUAGUGGUGCCGCACUCAACAUUCCACCCUCAAAUUUACUUAACAACUGCAUCGGAGAUCUUUUUGCGAAUUCGUCGAACGCCCAAGACAAUGAUGCCGACGAAAUGAAUGCACUUGAAAAAGAAAUUGAAAAUUUGAAAAAAUAUUAUAUGGAUUAG